AUCAAGGGAAGGAUCCUCACCCUGGGUGAUAUAUACUCCUCCUCUUUGAAUCACGGGCCACACUGCAGCAGCACCACUUGAAGCAGAGACAAUGAAGCUGCAAACCCAACUACUCCUCUUGGCUUCCAUCACCGCAGCGCUGAUCAUGAGCUGCGGCGUCCUCGCCGGCACCACCCACGCGAUACCGGUGCCCACGCUACGCGGCAUCGAGGACGACGACGUGGGCUUCGCGGAGCGCGAGGAGGCGGCGUACCCGCGGAGGAGGGUGCUUUACGGCGACCAGUACAUCAGCUACAAAGGGGUGCAGGCGAGCAGGCCGGCGUGCUCCGGCUCCUGCGCUGGCCGGGGGCAGCCCUACACCGGUAGCGGCUGCCAGGCCAUCUUCGGCUGCCGCGGCCGUUAAUUUUCUAGAAGCUACUACCAUUCCUAUUUGCCUCCCUGGUCAAGAAGCUGCGGGGAGAUUAUGAAAUGUGGUUAUCGUAUAAGCUCAAGUGGUUAUACAUGUAUUUGUGUUGUUGUAUUUGUAUGUAAUGUUUGGUGCACAAUAAUGUGUUUGGAUCCGAUGCAAAAAAGUAAAAAAAAAAUGUGUUUGGAUGAA